CGCCCCAGAAAGACGAGGAGCACUAUCCGAAGUCUCCAGAAUCCCCUCGACCCAACUCGCUGGGGAAGGUCCUAGAACCCCAAUUCCUCCACACCACCUAUAAAAGUUCCUUCUGCUCCGCUUCUCUCUCCAUCGAUUAAACGCAAGAAAUCGCAUUCUCACUAGCUCUCGAUUCCUACGACAAGCUUCGUCUCGUGCCCUCGAUCUUGAUUCGUUUUCUUAGGCUUUUUCUCGUUCUCUAAACCAUGGCCGACGUGCAGAUGGGCGAGACUGAGACAUUCGCUUUCCAGGCGGAGAUUAAUCAACUUCUCAGUCUCAUCAUAAACACUUUCUACUCUAACAAGGAGAUAUUUCUACGUGAGCUUAUCAGCAAUUCAUCUGAUGCUUUAGAUAAAAUCAGGUAUGAGAGUUUGACUGAUAAGAGCAAGCUUGAUGCUCAGCCCGAGCUUUUCAUCCGACUUGUGCCAGACAAGUCAAGCAAGACGCUUUCCAUCAUUGAUAGUGGCGUUGGGAUGACUAAGGCUGACUUGGUGAACAACCUGGGUACCAUUGCAAGAUCCGGAACAAAGGAAUUCAUGGAAGCCUUGCAAGCUGGUGCAGAUGUUAGCAUGAUUGGGCAAUUUGGUGUUGGUUUCUAUUCUGCAUAUCUUGUUUCAGAGAAGGUUGUUGUUACGACAAAGCACAAUGAUGAUGAACAGUACAUUUGGGAGUCUCAAGCAGGUGGUUCGUUCACUGUGACCAGGGAUGUUAAUGGUGAGCAGCUUGGUAGAGGAACUAAGAUCACCCUCUACCUAAAAGAAGAUCAGCUUGAAUACUUGGAAGAGAGAAGACUGAAGGAUUUGGUGAAGAAACAUUCUGAAUUUAUUAGCUAUCCGAUCUACCUAUGGAGUGAAAAAACUACUGAGAAAGAGAUUAGUGAUGAUGAGGAUGAGGAGGAGAAGAAGGAAGAGGAGGGUGACGUGGAGGAUGUGGAUCAGGAUAAGGACAAGGAUAAAAAGAAGAAAAAGAAGGUGAAGGAAGUGUCUCAUGAAUGGCAGCUAAUCAACAAGCAGAAGCCCAUCUGGCUGCGGAAGCCGGAAGAAAUCUCCAAGGAGGAAUACGCAUCUUUCUACAAGAGCUUGACUAAUGACUGGGAGGACCACCUUGCAGUCAAGCACUUCUCUGUUGAGGGGCAGCUUGAGUUUAAGGCCAUUCUGUUUGUUCCCAAGAGAGCACCUUUUGACCUCUUUGAUACAAGGAAGAAAAUGAACAACAUUAAGCUCUAUGUUCGUAGAGUCUUCAUCAUGGACAAUUGCGAGGAGCUUAUUCCUGAGUACCUCGGGUUUGUGAAAGGUGUUGUUGACUCUGAUGACCUACCUCUAAACAUCUCCCGUGAAAUGCUUCAGCAGAAUAAGAUUCUGAAAGUUAUACGGAAGAACUUGGUGAAGAAAUGUCUCGAGUUAUUCAGUGAAAUUGCUGAGAAUAAAGAAGACUACAAUAAAUUCUACGAGGCAUUCUCGAAGAACCUGAAGUUGGGCAUCCACGAGGACAGCCAAAACAGGGCUAAGAUUGCUGAUCUUCUCCGUUACUACUCCACCAAGAGUGGUGAGGAGAUGACCAGUUUGAAGGACUACGUUACUAGGAUGAAGGAGGGACAGAAUGAAAUCUACUACAUAACUGGUGAGAGCCGGAAGGCAGUUGAAAAUUCUCCCUUCCUUGAGCGGCUCAAGAAGAAAGGUUAUGAGGUUCUCUUCAUGGUUGACGCCAUUGAUGAAUAUGCUGUUGGGCAGCUAAAGGAGUACGAUGGAAAGAAGCUUGUGUCCGCCACGAAGGAAGGUCUAAAGCUCGAGGAUACGGAGGAAGAGAAAAAGAAGAAGGAAGAGAAAAAAGCUGCAUUUGAGGGUCUAUGCAAGGUGAUGAAGGACAUUCUGGGUGACAAGGUUGAAAAGGUUGUGGUCUCUGAUAGGAUUGUGGACUCUCCAUGCUGCUUGGUUACUGGAGAGUAUGGAUGGACAGCAAACAUGGAGAGAAUUAUGAAAGCUCAAGCUCUCAAGGACAGCAGCAUGGGCUCCUACAUGUCAAGCAAGAAGACUAUGGAGAUCAACCCUGACAAUGGCAUCAUCGAGGAGCUGAGGAAGAGAGCUGAAGCUGACAAGAACGACAAGUCUGUGAAGGAUCUUGUUCUUCUUCUCUUUGAGACUGCGCUAUUGACGUCUGGUUUUAGCCUUGAUGACCCGAAUACCUUCGCUGGAAGAAUUCACCGCAUGCUGAAGCUCGGACUGAGCAUUGACGAGGAUGAAACUGCUGGUGAUGACACUGACAUGCCUGCCUUGGAGGAGGAAGGUAACGAGGAGAGCAAGAUGGAAGAGGUUGACUAAAUUCUCGGAGUUGCUUAAGAAAUUAGGCAUAUUGAUUCCGCUACGUAUACUGAGCAUGUUUAUGGCCUGAGUCUGUCUAUUCUAAUCCUUUUGGUUUUUGUUUUCCUUCGCAAUAGUUUGUUGAUUAAUGUCAGAUGGUUUUUGUGACUAUUUGUAAGUGAUCUAGCUGUGCCUAUUAAGAGUCUUCAAUAUUUUGGAAGUGAUCUGUUAUGAAAUGAUUACUACGUUUAAUGAAGAAGCUACUUCUAGUGUUUGCCUGCAC